AAUUUAUUAAAUUAAAAAGAAAAGAACAAAAUCCUUAUCUCAAAAUCAAGAAGAAGGCUCACUCUGUCUCCAUUGCCAGACCCCGCGAGUGCUCCGUAGCAGAAGCACCGGACCCGAUAAUCUCUAUCCAACGCGUCCUCUUCAUCCGAACGGUGUCACUUUGUAACUGUCACUCUGUUUGGCUGAAACAACAGUCUAGCGUAUAUAUAUACAGCAGGGUGGGUCAUGUCGGGUGCAGUUGGGUCUACAGCAGCUAUGGUGAGCAUCACAAUGCAGGGCAGCCUCACUCCAACUUUUCUGCCCUUCUCAAGUAAGCAAUUGCCGCUGGGGCUCCUGUCUUCUGGUAAUUGCAAUCAGAACAGCUUCUUCUCGAAGUGUUCGCAUCUCUCAAUGCAGAGAUCCACUGCAUACAACACGUCUUCUUAUAAGAAAGUUGUGGCUGCUACUGCUGAGCCAAACCAGCUCAGUUAUGCCGAUCCUGUUGAUGAGCAAUCCCCAAAGAAGUACUACUUUGUCAUAGCAAACGCAAAAUUCAUGUUGGAUGAAGAGGAGCACUUCAAAGAGCUUAUGUUCGAACGGCUUCGUAACUAUGGAGAGCGCAAUAAAGAGCAGGACUUUUGGCUUGUUAUUGAGCCGAAGUUCUUGGACAAAUUCCCAAACAUCACUAAGAGAUUGCGGAGACCUGCUGUUGCUCUGGUUUCAACUAAUGGACCCUGGAUCACGUUUAUGAAGUUAAGAUUAGACCGAGUGCUAGCAGAGAGCUUUGAAGCAGAAAGCCUAGAAGAGGCGUUGGCAUCAAAUCCAACCCAAUUACAAUUUGAUAAGCCUGAGAAAUGGGUGGCCCCAUAUCCCAAGUACGAGUACGGGUGGUGGGAAGCCUUCUUGCCUGCUGGAUCAAAAGAAUCCAAAGUGUAGAAAAAUUCCCUGGAUGCUUUUUGUUACUUAUUCAGCUUAACAAUGCUAUCUAUUUCAUGAUCGGGAUUCUGUUAGUGAAUGUAGUUGAGUUAUCAGCUUUUCGCUCACACUAGGUGUAUGUGGGCAUAUGGCUUUGGAUUUCCGAAUUUGUUGCCUUGUAUCCUAGAAAAUCUUAUAUAACAAUGGACUAUUACCCA